UGGAUGGUAGCAGGAGAAAGAAAGAGAGAGAGAGAGAGAGAAAGCCCAAGAAGAUGCAACUACUGUGGCACAGCAUCCUGACAGAGCACUAAGCUGAGAGAUGCAAGCGGUGUAGACAUACAUGCUCUGUCAUUUUUGUCUUGCAGAUUUCUGGCCCUCCUAUAGAUGGAAGAAGCAGUGCACUUAAAGGAUAACUUCCACCACGUUGCUGCGGGAAUGAGCCCCUUGGCUGAGACGUGCAGACAAGCAACAGCUGGGCUGACUGAUCUGAAGCUCUUUGGAUGUCAGCGUCACCUGGACUUGAUCUCCCCUUGCUGAUUGAGCAGCUGCUGGUGAUUGCUACUCUUAAUUUCUACUUAUUUAGGCUACCCACACCUGAACCCUCUGCAUUGUUGGAGUGAGCUAUUCUAGUCUUCCCAGACUGCACUGUUGUCUUCGGGAGAGGCAUCGCUUGGAGAAGGGUGGCCGCUUUUACUGUAAAUGAGUGUCCCUGCAACCGGCGCUGGACUGUCACCCUUAAAGUCUCCUGCACCUGCUGAGAGCUCCUGGAAGCCGCCUGCCGUGCCUCUGGGAUGGUGUGACCGCCAGCCAGCUUUUGGCCGUCCCACAUUUGGGUCAAGAUGCCAGUGAUGAAGGGCCUCCUGGCCCCACAGAACACCUUUCUGGACACCAUCGCCACGCGCUUCGAUGGCACCCACAGUAAUUUCCUGUUGGGUAACGCCCAAGGACACCGCGGCUACCCCAUCGUCUACUGCUCGGACGGCUUCUGCGAACUGACGGGUUUCACGAGAACUGAGGUGAUGCAGAAGAACUGUAACUGUCACUUCCUGUACGGAGUGGACACCUGCGAGCACGUGGCCCAGCAGAUGGAGAAGGCUCUGGAGGGCCGAGAGGAGUACCAGGCUGAGGUCCACUUCUACAAGAAGAAUGGAGUGGCCUUCUGGUGUCUGCUAGACAUCGUGCCCAUAAAGAACGAGAAGGGCGAAAUGGUUCUCUUCCUCUUCUCAUUCAAGGACAUCACUGACACCUAUGGAAGGGUCCACCACAACAGCAAGAAGGAAGUUUCAGACGACAAGAGGCGCAGGAGGAAGAGCAGCUCUCACUUCAGCGAGGCCAGGAAGCGUGGACGCACCAUGUUGUACCAUCUGACCAGCCAGUUCUCGAGGGGAGGAAAAAGGGAGGUCAACCUUCGUGGCGGCAUGAUUGAAAAGCCUUCGAUACCGGAGUAUAAGGUGGCAGCAGUGCAAAAGUCACGCUUCAUUCUGCUCCACUACAGUGUGUCCAAAGCCCUGUGGGACUGGCUGAUUCUGCUGGCCACCUUCUAUGUGGCCGUCACCGUGCCCUACAACGUCAGCUUCACGCCAUACGAUGACACCGUCACAGCUGGGCGCUCCACCAUUGUCAGCGACAUUGUAGUGGAAAUGCUCUUUAUUAUAGACAUUAUCCUGAACUUCCGCACCACCUAUGUGAGCCAGUCAGGGCAGGUGGUGUAUGAGGCGCGCUCCAUUUGGAUUCAUUACGCCACCAGCUGGUUCUUUGUGGACCUGGUGGCUGCCCUGCCCUUUGACCUGCUGUAUGCCUUCAACAUCACAGUGACCUCCCUUGUCCACCUGCUUAAAACUGUGCGUCUGCUGCGCCUCCUUCGUCUGCUUCAGAAGCUGGAUCGAUACUCCCAGUACAGCGCCAUGGUGCUGACCUUACUCAUGUCUGUGUUUGCCCUGCUGGCACACUGGAUGGCCUGCAUCUGGUACAUGAUUGGACGAAAGGAGAUAGCGACCAAUGAGACCUGGGACAUUGGGUGGCUUCAUGAGUUGGGCAAACGUCUGGAGACGCCCUACAUCAACAGCACGGUGGGCGGCCCGACGGUGCGCAGCUCCUACAUCGCUGCCCUUUACUUUACCCUCAGCAGCCUGACCAGUGUGGGCUUCGGCAAUGUCUGUGCCAACACCGAUGCUGAGAAGAUCUUCUCCAUCUGCACCAUGCUCAUUGGCGCGCUGAUGCACGCCCUUGUCUUUGGUAACGUGACGGCCAUCAUCCAGCGUAUGUACUCACGGCGCUCGCUCUACCACACACGCAUGAAGGACCUGAAGGACUUCAUCCGUGUCCACCGUUUGCCCCAGCAGAUCAAACAGCGCAUGUUGGAAUACUUCCAGACCACAUGGUCCGUUAACAAUGGUAUAGAUGCCAACGAGCUCCUGCACGACUUCCCUGAUGAGCUGCGGGCCGACAUCGCCAUGCAUCUGAAUAAGGACAUCCUCCAGCUGCCGGUCUUUAAGGGGGCCAGUCGUGGCUGCCUGCGCUCGCUCUCCCUCCAUAUAAAAACCUCAUUCUGCGUCCCCGGGGAGUACCUCAUUCGUCAGGGUGACGCGCUGCAUGCCAACUACUUUGUCUGCUCCGGGUCCCUGGAGGUGCUGAAAGACAGCAUGGUGCUGGCAAUAUUAGGAAAAGGGGACCUGAUCGGUUCUGACCUGCCUGGACCAGACCAGGUGAUCAAGACCAACGCUGAUGUGAAGGCGCUGACCUAUUGUGACCUCCAGUAUAUCAAUGUGCGCGGUCUAAGGGAGGUGCUUGACCUCUACCCCGAGUACGCCAGUGUGUUCGCCUCCGACAUCCACAACAACCUUACCUACAACCUGCGUGAGGGCAGCCAGGACGAGGGCCUCAGCAGGUUCUCAAGGUCACCCAGGCUUCACCACGAAUCCAAGCUCCCGUCUAUCGUGGAAACAAAAGGGGCCGACCCUGACGACUCCUUCCACCUCUCUCCUGCUACCCGCUCCCGUCGCAACCUCCUGCUGCCUAGCUUCAGCAGCCCUGUUCGCCGUACCUCCCUGGGGAACCUCCUGGGGGAUGAGUUGCGGCAGUUCAACGCCCUGCGACGCUGCCGUUCACCGAACCUCAGCCGCGGCGUCCACGGGCAGAGCUCGUCCCCUCAGCCACCGUCGAAAAAGGAGCACUGCUCCCCCAACUUCGCCCCAGCCUCAACUUCAGCUCAGGCAGAGUCGGGGGCCGACCAAAAGCCUUCAAAGCUGCUUAUCCCAACUGUCACCUGCUUUGGACCCCCAGAUCUAAGUCCCAGGGUUGUAGACGGCAUCGAAGACAACGGACACGCGUUCCACUUCAACGUGGAGCACAGCGGGCCUAAAGCCAGCACAGGAGGCAGCACCCAAGACUCCACACAGGCUAAUGCCACUCUGCUGCUGGAGACAGAGGAGGUCAGACACAGCAUCAGUCAACUCAACCAUAAGAUGGGCACAUUAAACCAGGAAGUAUCUGAGCUCACCAAGGGCCUGCACCAAAUGCUGCAUCUCCUCCAGGCCCACAUAUCUGUGCAUCACUACACUGGCACGCCCUGCAAUCUAGCUUCAACCUACCACCUCCAUAAUGACCCUGGGAGCCACCAAAGUGUCCCACUCGCUGGCCACAGGAGCUACAGUGGAGCUGCUGAAAUCCAAAUAGAGAGCAACCACCGGCCUCAAUCCUCUAGUCCGCCUGCCAACUCUUGUCCGCCCCUCUUUGUGAAUUCUGCACCCAUAGACCCGUGUUGCGGCUCUGAGAGCCUGAAUACACGUGUGCGGACCAGCCCGUCUCUUCUUAGCGUCAGCACAGGCUUCCAGGGUGGAAGUCCAUGCCUCGUGCCUCAUGCUCAUGAAUACUCUGACAACAGACCCCUCAGUGCGAGCCCAACCACCAUCAGCCAGUCCCAGCCCACUUUGAGCCUGCAGCCUCCCAGAGAUAGUGACGAAUACUCUUGCCUUUUGUCCGCCGCCCCUACAGGUACGUCCACACACAGCCUGCUGGACUCUUCACCCAGUUCUUACCCUCAUCUCUGCCGGCCCUACGAGUCCCAUCUCAACUUAUCACAAGCCUCACAUAAGGACAUUUGUGUUCUGAUGUCCGCCCCAACAUCCCAUAAUCUGAUCCUGGACAACUCCAUCUUCCACCUGGAGGACUCUCAUCCCUCAAUUCAUACUGCGUCUGCCUCUCCACCCACGUUGUCACUCCACCCUCUCGGAUCCUCCCUGGAUUCAGGAUCACCGCAAUCGGAUGCUCCCGAGCCCCAUCUUCCACUGGGUGACCCAUCUUCCAUAGAACACACCAGUCUGGAGUGCCUACUGGGGAACAGGGGCUCUAUGGAGAGCAGGGACAGUGAAAGCGCAUCAUCACGAAGGUCCAGCAUCGGCGUCCAGACUCAGAGUACAGAGCAGUCGUGGUGUCUGGACCUCACAGAUUAAACUGUUUCAGGGGCAGACUCACUAACCUCACUGCUACUGGGGGAAAGAAAGUUAUUGACUUGCAACUUCUUACAGUGUUUAAAGAGACUCCGCUGGAGAUUAUCAAUGUGUGCUGCAUCUCUCCACUCUUAAUUCCUGGGCUCUCAUAUUCGUCAAACUCCAAUUUACACCAUUUCUAUGCAAAAGCAUGUAAUUUGUGCAUUAUCUUGGAUUUACUGACGUGUCUUUAAAAAAAUAAAAUAAAAAGUUCCAGUAUAUAUUGUAUAUUUUUUCCAACAUCCUUAGAGCAAUUGAUAAUACCUGUUACCUCCUUGCAUGGUAAAGUUGUUUAUUCUUUUUCCUAAGGAAAAGGUUUCCAAAUCAAUGUGUAAGCAUUCUACAUGACAACCUGUUGAUUGUGUACACAGAUACUGUAUUUGUAAGGCAGACAGGUCCGAGUGGAUGGAUGUUUUUAAUAUGCGGAGGAACAAAAAUGACACAUUUAGGGAAUAGUAGUUUGUGCAUCACACAGCGUAGAUUGUUUAUUGUUUUAAAUGGAAUGUUUUUCUCAGUCCAGCAUUUUAUAUUUAUGAGUUCUUGGAUUAUGAGUAACUAAUAUUCAAUCUCCACUAAACAGUACACGGUACAUAAUUUCUGAUUUCAGUUAUAAUUCCAUUGAACAUCUUCGGUUGUAUGCUCUCCCUUCAUGAGAUUUGAAUACAUUUCCUCACAGAGGCAUUUCAUAUAGCCCUGUGAAAUAGGUUUAAUUGCUCUCUCCACACAAAAGAAAAGUUGAACAUGUAUUUUUUAAAGAUCUGCAAAUGAAUUAAACAUAAAUAAAUACAUAUUUAGACUAAAAGAAGGCUCCAUGAAAUAUGUUGUGCUGUCAUUAAUUUACAACAAUGAAUGCCUACUGGGGGAAACAAAACAUUAACUCAUGAUACUCAUACAAUAUUUAGAGUAUUCAGGAACCUUUUGAAUGAUUUCUUCUUGACUGACUAAAUAAAGUAUGCAGAAAUGUAUUAAAGCUUCCUUUACU